GUAAGGAAGCACAACUUUCCAGCAUAUUUGUUAAGCUAUCCAAUUCAUGUCUGGAACAUUGACAAUAUGGUUAAUAAGGUAGGCCUUAUAUACUUUGGCCUAGAUACAAACCUUAUGGGAAGAAUACACACUGAAUGUGUCCACCAUUUCAUUACUAAUCUAGGGAAGAAUGACAUUUUUCUAGGAAAAAAUUGGUUAAAAUACCAUAAUCCCUUUAUUUGGUAG